AUGCGAUCCUUUACAAGUGAAACAAUAAAUGAUCCUUUACCUGAUUCUAAUGAAAUAAAUGAUCCUUUACCUGAUUCUAAUGAAAUAAAUGAUCCUUCGCCUGAUCCUAAUAUGUCUGUGGAAUUGUAUUUAUUUAAAUCUAAUGAAUCAUCAAAUAAAAAAUGUAAACUUUCUAAUCCGCUACAUGAUUAUCUUGUACCAAGUACUAGUGCUGGAAAAAAUCAACUGGAAUCAGUACAAUUAAAAGACAUUUUAAAAAAAUUUCAUAAGGAUAUUUAUGACCAAUUGCAGGAGGAAAUUCAGAGAGAUAAAACUGUUGAGCCAUAUGGUCCAAAUGAUGAAGUAAAAGUUAAAUGCAUUACUUAUUUACUUAUUAAAUUAUCAUGCCGAAAAACUAUAUCUAACCAAGUUGAUGCCAUCUAUCAAACACAACAAUUAAAUGUUAAAAAAAUUUUAAGCGCAAUGACAAGAAAAAUGUCAAUGACAACAGAUAUAUGGACAGUUUGUGAUGGUGAAGAUACUAUGCCAAAACUUGUUGCAACAGCUAUGGCAAUUAAACUUGAUGAGUAUUGGCAACAAUUCGACAAAUCAUCAUUUAUUAUUGCUCCACUAGAUCCCAAUAUAAAGCUUUCAUUAUAUGAUUUAUCAAAGAAAAAUGAAGCGUAA